CCGGACAACGUCACAUAUGGAUCCGCGCGGUUACUCAGUGCCAGCUGCCGCGGCCAACUUCUCAUGAUGCAUUGAUGGCAUGCUCCGAUUUUGAUUGACCAUCACUGAUCCUGCGAUUGUGACUUGUUGUCGACCACGCCCACGGACCACCCCGCUUUCGGUGCAGAUCUGUUCGCAUACUCUACUCGCACUACCGAAGACAUGCGAUUCAGUGUUCCUCGCUCGUCAUCGACCUCUCCGGGGAAACGGAGAACACCCCAACGGGCUCAACCAGCCCGCCGCAGCCAAUCCUCCUUCGGACUGGUCUCAUCCGACUCGGAAUCUGAACUCUCGGAUCCUGAAUCAGAUCCAGACUCAGUGGACUCGUUUCUCUAUGCCUCCGAGUCCGAGAUGCCCCAGCCACCCCUCCCCAUGUACGCGUUGGACACAUUCAUUCUGGGCCACAUCCAACACUCUUCACACAGAAAUUCCCGGACAGAGCAAAAGCGACACCGGAACAACAGCAGACAGAAGAUACCAUCGCUGCAAUACGACUUCGCACACGACAUCAUGACCCUUAUGAGGAAUGGGAGAAGCAGACGCGCAAGGAUGCGUUCGUGCCGUACAGCACGCAAGGAGCAGACUGCCCUACUGCAGCAGAACGCGGAUGAGCUGGAGAAGAGCAGGAUGGAGGAACUGAGACAACUAGACGCGCUGCACGCGAUGCAGAUGGCGGAAGUCCAGAAACAGCUCGAAUCUCUUAAAUUCCAGGCGCAGAAGGAAGAUGACCGGCUGCGGCAAGCGUGGAAGGAACGUGACAAGAUGUUGUGGGCCCGAAUCGAUUCCGUCAUUGCGAUGGAGGAGAACAAGGUCCGUACGCGGUUAGACGCUGAGCGCAAGGCGAAGGAGGAGCUGGAUAGGAAGAAACAGGAGGAGGAAAUGCGUAUGCGAGAAGCGGCGGAGAAGCAGCGUAAAGAGACUGAGGAGAGGAAGAAGCAGGCCGAGGACGAGGAGAAGAAACGCAAGGACGAGGAGCAAGUCCGUGCUCGGGAGGAGACAGAGAGGAGAACACGACUCAGUGCUGAAUCGUCAAGCAGGCAGGCCCUGGGCUUGACUGAUGCCGAAUCUGAAUGGAAGCAGGCUCGGGCAGUGUUAACUACCCUCAAGUCGGACUUCAUGAAACCGAUCAAAAGCGACAAGGCGAAGAGCACCGUUUGGGGGGAGUAUCGACGGAAGAUCACGCCCAAGAUCGGGCAAUUGACAAACGACCUCCAAGCCAUCACGCGAAUUACUGAUUUCAUUCAACAUCAAGUUCUCGCACCCCCACAACCAUUACCCCCAAUCCUUUACAAAGCGUUAUUGUCAUCAUUAUCGAAAGCCAUUCUUCUACAGGCCGAAACCGAAGUAACGGCCGAGAAGAAGGCAGCGAUCCCUCUCGCGCUGGCAUCCUUCAGGCUGUUGGAACAACUGGAGGCAUUCCCUGAAGUUUUCUUCGCACGGCUGUCCCACCGAUGUGGAAUCUGGUUGAUUCCAUGUCCCCUCCCAGAGAAAGACCACGACGGACGACCAUGGGCUGACAAAGUCGAGCGUCAGAAGAUGCAAGGCUUCCGACUGAGCUCAAGUGACGAUGCCGAGUCUUGGGAAAGCAUGCAGGAAUACUCUGACCGGAUAUCCGGGAUGAUGCGACUGUAUUUCCAUAUCAUCCGAAUUGUGCCGCAGAACAAGCCGCUGCACCCGUUAUUCCAGCUUCCGCGCUGUUGGCAGUGGCUCUCGAGGUUGUUAAACGAGCGGUCACUAUUGGAGUCGCCAGUGGCUGCGCAGCUGAUAUACACGCUUCUGGAUGUUAUGGGCUUGGACGCACUCCAGGUCUGGGGCCAGCAGUGGGCGAAGAUGCUCCAGCUCAUCUAUCAGGGCAUUACUGAAGGGUAUGCUCCUGGGAAACUGAUUGGCGGAACUUCUCCACUGGGCAUAGCCGCUCGGUCUCGUGUGCAGUCUGAGGUAGAGCGGAUCGUGGCCGGAAUCAAGUAGUCUGGCGGUUGAAAGCUUAUUCUUCUUGUACUUGCUCUCGUCAUCUAUUGCAUCUAUUCGGAAUUGUCCAGUUUGAAUCAGAUUUCGCUCCAAAUGAGUGACAAGCGAACCGUGAAUACGAUCGAUUCGAUUAGCUACAGUCAGUAACCCGCGACAAAUUCGAUCCCCCUAGUCGAAACAAAUCCAGUCGCCUGUUCCGCAUUCCUAUCCACAAACACAAGCUCCAGAUUCAGCCCGAUGUCGACAAGGUCCUGCAGCGAAGUGAACAUGUCGGAUCGCGGCAACCGGGUGAAUGUAGUUUUCACGCGACGCAGAGUGGGACUCCUGCUCCUGAUCAAUUGGCAAAAUGACGAGUCAGACAGCGAGCAUUUCGACACCGUCAGGUCUCUGAGCAAGGGGCAUAGCUCGGGGUGCCAUUCGAGGAUGGAGAUCGAGGUCCCAAUGACGAGAUGCGUGGUCUUUGGAAACUGCGUGAGGAGAUCCAAAGUGACGUUUUCGUUGAUCCUGUAGUCCUGCACCACCAAGGUGAAGGAAUCGGGAGGGAUGGCGGUCCGCAGGACUUCGUACCAGGAAUCACGGGUGUUGUGCCGAACUUGCAGGUAAGCUAGCCGGGGCGCAUUGAUGUGUUUAAGAAACUCGGGGAAGUUGAUAUGGUAGCAUAGGUGGAGUAGAACCAGAUUCGGCAGACCAACGGCUUCCUUCGAGCCUAUGAAUGCCUCGUCGACGGUCGCCCUGACACUGCAUCGAACGAGAUUGGAACAUAGGCGGAGCAGACUCAAAAUCUGGUUUUGGUUCAGUCCCGAGUCCGCAGAAACAUCGUUGCGCUCGCUUCUGAAGCAGGAGAUAUUCAGCUCUGUCAGUGAAGCCCAGGGCAAUGAGAGGGUCGGGGCAGGUUGUGCCAUGGUCACAUAUAGCGACACAGUGUGCAAUCGGGGGGCGGCGAACAUGUGGAGGUCCCAUGCCACUAGCAAUCCCGGGCUCCCAGGACAGUGUAUCGCAACAUCCUCGAGAAGAGGAAACGCACUGGCGCCCAGUGCAAGAAUCGGGGCAAGUUCUUCGGUGAACGCACAAAGGUGAAGCUGUCGCAUACGACGAGUAAAUGGGAGCAGCGCGAGGAUGGUCUUGGAACCUUCUAACGGGUUGCUGAGCGAGGUCUGGUACGGGACAGUCGUCACAGAUAUGUCCAACGGAAGCAUGCCCGACCUCGUCAGCCAUAUGUGGACCAGCGGUGCCAGCGCAACGUCGUACGACUGCGUGACAUGGGAAAUAGGGAUGUGCACUGACGUCCAGAGACGAGGGGUCUGGCGUGAUACGUCUCGCCAAUGCUUGCACACGCGCCCGAGGAGCAGCGGGGCAUGAGCGGGGUCGAUCAACGCGUUGUGUAUGGUCGGCAGACACGCAACGAAGACGAGCUGCAUUAUUUCGAUUGGAAGGCGUCGGAAAGGGGAUAUCAGUGCUCUAUGAGCGUCUGCGAAGGACUUCAAGGGUUGUAUCUCAGUUUGUAGCUGAAGAAUCCUCUCCUGCAGUUUCUCGAUCUCUGCCAUGUUCCUUGACAUCACAGCCUCGGGAACGGCCAAAAGACCGUGUAUUGCAUCGAUUUCUCCAUCUGAAGGAACAUAGUUUGUGCCCAGUCGAGAGAGAAACGGCGAGUUGGUGACUGCCAUUGGUCAAGCAGGGUACAUGAUCUGAGGCCAGCUCCAGCACGAUGAUUGAUUGCAUCACCAAGUUCCCUUCUCUGAGCAUCAUCUUUCGGUCGCAGGACUCAGAGUACUCGUGCACGGCCCACAAGUCCCCGCUCUCAAUCGAACUGGAGAAUGAAGACCUAGGUUUUUCUCUAGUCGAGCCAAUAGUCGCACUGUCCUAUUGCAAAUCCCAACGGUCUUGACCGAUUCGGACUUAGCCUACGAGAGAGUCCACACCUUUACGUCUCGGCCUCAAGGCAUCGUACUCCACAGGACGUCUUACCCUCGAAACUGCAUAUGUGGGCCCUCAGUUGGCAUCGGUGUGGGGCCUGGCAGACUCGACAGCGGGUGGCGUAUUAAAACCUUUGGCAACUCCGGUUUGAAACUAGCCACUGUUGGCCACCUCCCGCGAAGUGUGACUUGGUCCAACUGACGCGGUGCCUAUAGAAAACCAAUGAUACAUAGUGGCGAAGAUCUUCCCGAUUCAGUAACAUCCUUGGGCAUGCUCCAACUCCUCUUUGGAUUAUAUUUCCGUUGGAGACGGUCAGCUUGGCUCCAACUGUCCCUGGUCUCUGGAUUUGUGCGCAGAGUUUCCCUGCGAGGACAUAUGCAACCCGCACCUGUCGGUAUUCUGGGCAAGGUGUAUAAUACAUAAGGAGGGAAGAGAGGGCCAUGUCGAAAGCAUCCAACUGCACAUCCAACUGAAUCGGCUAUGCACUUCUCUCUCUUUGUUACCCUCGCCUCCAGCGUCGGCGCUGCUUUCGCUGCGCCCACUGUUUAGCCAGUCGACAAGGGUCAAUUCCACCAGCACCACAGUCACCAGCACCGGCCUCAGCGCCCAAGCGUCAAACAUCGUGUCCCAACUCGUGAAGCUCAACGAGCUCAACGCCCAAGUCGCGGCCUCCGGCUCCUCGUCCGCCAUUAACAGCGCAGUGCUUAAUAUGAACGGGAUCAUCGACAAACUGGUCCCCGCUAGUUCAAGUGGGCUGCUCGGCGGGUUACUCGGCGGAGGCAGCGGUGGACUCUUGGGUGGUCUUGGUAGCAUUCUCAGCGGGAACGGAGGCCUUCUCGGGGGGCUUUCGAGCGGCGAUCCUAUCGGCGGCUUGCUCAGUGGUGUUCUGGGAGGCAACGGAGGUGGUCUGCUCGGUGGACUUUUGGGCGGAGGUGGUCUGCUCGGCGGUCUGCUCGGCGGCGGGAAUGGGGGCUUGCUCGGCGGGAUUCUAGGUGGUGGUGGAAACGGCGGCCUCUUGUCGGACGUGACGGGACUGCUGGGCCAGUUCUCCAAUCUCAAUUCGCUCUGCAGUACGGAACUGCUUGGAAAUGUUCUCGAAACUGUGCAGGAGCUAGUUCAGUCGUUGAACGGUGCUCUCGGAGAUGCGCAGAGCUGCGGGGGCCAGUGCUUCAACGCGGAUCUCAAGACGGACCUCGCAGGGAUCCUCCAAGCGAAUCUCCCCAAGCUGGCUCCAGUCGCUCUUUAUUGUCAGAUAUAUUCUCUCUUCCGAUUUCAACUUGACCAACGAUUUUCUAG